UUCAGUAAACAGAGUCAACCUGAGAUGGAUGUCCACCUACCCAGCUACCCACCUCCCUCAUUUCUUAUAUAUAUUGUUAGCAGUAGCAGGAGCAGAGCAAAGGGAAUAAUCAAUUAUUGAAAAGCACUUUUUGAAGUGAAGGAAUGGGGAAAAGCAAGGUUCUUGUGGUGGGAGGAACAGGCUACAUAGGGAGAAGGAUAGUGAGGGCAUGUUUGGCUGAAGGGCAUGAAACCUAUGUUGUUCAACGCCCUGAGUUGGGUCUUCAAAUUGAAAAGCUGCAGAUGCUGCUCUCCUUCAAGAAACAGGGUGCUCAUCUUGUUCAAGCCUCUUUUUCUGAUCACAAAAGCCUUGUGGAUGCGGUCAAGAAGGUCGAUGUUGUCAUCAGUGCCAUCUCUGGUGUUCACUUCAGGACCCACUGCAUCACUUUGCAGUCCAAACUCGUCGAUGCCAUCAAAGAAGCUGGGAAUGUUAAGCGUUUCUUGCCUUCAGAAUUUGGAUUAGACCCAGCAAGGAUGGGAGAUGCAUUAGAACCAGGAAGAGUAACAUUUGUAGAUAAAAUGUCUGUGAGGAAAGCAAUAGAGGAAGCCAACAUCCCUUUCACUUACAUAUCUGCAAACCUUUUUGCUGGAUACUUUGCUGGCAGCCUCUCUCAGAUGGGGUCUUUUGUUCCUCCAAGGGACAAGGUGCAUCUCUUUGGGGAUGGCACUCUCAAAGCUGUUUUUCUGGAUGAAGAUGAUGUUGCAACAUACACAGUCAAGGCAAUAGAUGAUCCACGAACCCUUAAUAAAACAUUGUACCUAAGGCCACCAGAAAAUAUUCUCUCCCAAGCAGAGCUUAUUGGAAUUUGGGAGAAACUCAUCGGAAAGGAACUGGAGAAGACAUACAUACCUCCAGAAGGCUUUCUUACAACACUGAAAGGGUUGGAUUAUAAACUUCAAGUAGGGAUUGGACACUUUUAUCAUAUAUUCUAUGAGGGUUGCUUAACAAAUUUUGAAAUUGGAGAAGAGGGUGCAGAAGCUUCCAAGCUUUACCCUGAAGUGAACUACACACGCAUGGAUGAGUACCUAAAAGUUUAUGUGUAAAAUGAACUCGUUCUGUCUGAGUUCUGUGAUUCAAACAUGAACAAAGCUUUUAGCUAAAAUAACCUUAAUUUAAGGUGAUGUUUUUGUGAUGGGGAAA